AUGGGUAAGAGAAAGAAGUCUACAAGAACUCCUGCGAAGAAGCUGGUUUUAAAGCUGGAUACAAAGUUUAAUUGUCUAUUUUGUAAUCACGAUCAAUCUGUUUCGUGUACACUGGAUAAGAAGAACAGUAUUGGGUCUCUACAGUGCAAAAUAUGUGGACAGAGUUUUCAAACGAGAAUCAAUGGUCUAUCGCAGCCCGUGGAUGUUUAUAGUGACUGGUUUGACGCAGUAGAGGAAGUGAAUAGUGGACGUGGCAGCGACAGUGAUAACGGAGAUGAUGACAGUGGAAGUGAUUACGAGAGUGAUUCAGACGCUGAGAAACCUGCUGUUGUAGAUAGCGAUGAAGAAGAGUACGAAGAAGAUGUGGGGCAACGAAGGGGCCCCACUCUGGUGGAUAGCGAUGACGACGAAUGA